GGGUUCGUUGCAUUAUAUGCAUUAUAACCAACGCCUUUUAGCCGAUCUUCUUAUCCCUUUUUUAAAUGACCUAUAAGACUUACAAAUGACAUUCUAGACAUGCUUAAGUCGUGAUCGAUGUAAAAGUUCACCAUUUUAGCGUAGAACAUCAUUUCAUGCAGUCACAACUGAUACGUACAUGUCUUAUUUCAAUCACCGUAAUAUAGCAUUUAUGGAUCUAUAACUGUACAGUUUGACGAAAUUACUGAAAACAACUAUUACCUCAAACAUUCCUUGUUUUCAAUACUCUGUGGGGACUUUUGAACCCAUACAAAUUGUUAAAAAGCAUGCUUCAGAAACAUUCCAAUCCACCUCUUGGUUUAGAACGGAUUCAUCGAUAUUUUUGUUACGUUUGUGGAACUCUUCUUCCACACAAGUUGGAAGUUCAUGAUUUAUUAGUAUGCCGAAAAUGUAAAACAUCUACGUGUAUGCAUUGGUUCAGUAAUAUGGAUGCAACUUUCAAUACUGAAGCUAAAUCUGGCAAAAUAAACCAAUUUAAUGAUGAUGAGUAUGAAUCCACAUCUUUAUUCUUUCCAUCAAUGAUUAGAGGGGCUAAAAAGAUCUUAAGAUCAGAAAUUGCUUUAAAGGAGGCUUUGGAGUCACAAUUUGAAAACGGUACAUCACAACCAACAUUUGAUGGACCAACUAUUAGAAAAGAAUGUGCUUAUUGCGGCAAUGAUAGAAUGACUUAUGUUACACUUCAAACUCGUUCAGCAGAUGAAGGACAAACUGUAAUAUAUACUUGUACCCAAUGUUCUAAAAAAGAAAUUGAAAAUACUUGA